AUGAGAGCAGUUCGCUUCCAUGGAAGGGAGGACAUCAGGAUUGACGAAGUCGAAGAGCCAAUCUGUGGCUAUGGUCAAGUCAAGUUGCAAGUUGGCUCGCGAUCUAUAGGGCUCGGGUAUAUACACGAAUACCUGGCCGGUCCUAUGGCAGUCCCUGUCACCCCGCACGCAGUAACGGGGGAAAAACUGCCAACGACGCUGGGCCACGAGUUUAGCGGCACAAUUGAGGAGAUUGGAAGCGGCGUUACAGGGUUAAAAGUCGGUGAUCGAGUAGCCAUCAAACCUAACUUGUCAGACGGGACAUGUUCGAGGUGUUUAGUAGGAAGGUUCAAUUCGUGCGAGAACCUAGGUUUUAUUGGGUAUAGUGGUAAGGCAGGAGGCCUCUCGGACCAUGUAGUCGUCGACACGAAACAUGCCAUACCACUCCCAGACUCUAUCACCCUCGACAUCGGCGCUCUGACAGCGGGUAAUACAGCAUUGGUGGAACCACUCUCAGUAGCAUGGCACGCCGUCAGCCGCAGUCCUCUGCAGGAACACGACACGGUGCUAGUAGUCGGCGCCGGACCAAUCGGGCUUGCAAUUAUUCAAGUACUACGAGCGAAGGGUAUCAGCAAUAUCAUCGCAGUUGAAGUCUCCGAGAAACGAAGAGAGUUUGCUCUCAGCCUAGGUGCAACGGAGGUCCUUAAUCCGCUUGAAGUGGAUGUUGUCGCACGGGUGCGUUCUGUGACUGGGGAUGCUGGUGGUGCUUCUAUUGCUUUUGAGUGUUCUGGGGUACAGGCUGGGCUUGAUACUGCCAUGCAAGGCCUCCGGGUACGCGGCACUACGGUUAUUGUUUCGCUGUGGGAGCACAAGCCUGUUAUUGAUGCUUUUGCUGUUGUGCUUGAUGAGAAGCAUGUCACCGGGGCUGCCGUUUUCGAUGAUGGGGAUUUUGAGGCUGUUAUUGAUGCUAUUGCUUCGGGUAAAAUCCAGCCCCGCCCCAUGAUUACUAGUAAGAUCCCAAUGGAGGAUAUCACCGAGAAGGGUUUCAAGGCUCUCAUCGGUGAGAGGGAUAAACAUGUCAAGAUUCUGGUUGAUAUUUCUGCAUGA